AGCACAGAAUUGAAUUGAAUUGAAAGAGAGAGGGGGGGAGAAAAUGACGAAGGAUGUUGAGGUAGCAGAGCAAGGGCAAGGAGGAGAGUACAGUGCAAAAGACUAUAAUGACCCUCCACCGGCACCAUUGAUAGACUUUGAGGAGCUGAAAAAGUGGUCUUUGUACAGAGCAGUGAUUGCUGAGUUCGUAGCAACGCUUCUAUUCCUUUAUAUAACGGUUUUGACCAUCAUAGGUUACAAGCACCAGACGGACCCAAACGUUGCUGGUACCAAUCAGUGUGACGGCGUUGGAAUCUUGGGUAUUGCAUGGGCCUUUGGUGGCAUGAUCUUCAUCCUUGUUUACUGCACGGCAGGAAUCUCUGGUGGACAUAUCAACCCGGCGGUGACAUUCGGGUUGUUCGUGGGGCAGAAACUGUCACUAAUAAGGGCACUGCUGUACAUGAUUGGGCAAUGCGCCGGUGCCAUCUGCGGUGCCGGACUUGCCAAGGGGUUUCAGAAAUCGUUCUACAACAGAUACGGUGGUGGUGCCAACACCGUCAGCCACGGGUAUAACAAAGGCACUGCUCUAGGUGCUGAGAUUAUCGGCACCUUCGUCCUUGUGUACACCGUGUUCUCUGCCACUGAUCCGAAGAGGAACGCCAGGGACUCCCAUGUUCCAGUGUUGGCACCACUCCCCAUUGGAUUCGCCGUCUUCAUGGUUCACUUGGCCACUAUCCCUAUCACUGGUACUGGAAUUAACCCUGCAAGGAGUUUUGGACCCGCUGUUAUCUUCAACAAUGAUAAAGCUUGGGAUGACCAGUGGAUUUACUGGGUUGGACCCUUCGUUGGAGCAGCAGCAGCAGCGAUCUACCACCAACACAUUCUUAGAGCAGCAGCAAUCAAAGCUCUUGGAUCCUUCAGGAGCAACGCUUAAUCAAAAUCACACCUUAGUUUACUAUUUCUCAGACACAUCUUUAACUUCAAUAAUUAUUAUGGUUAAACUCUAUUAUGAGGUUAUGGCUAGUGUCUAUCUUCUUCCCAGUUAUCCCAUAUGCUGUGUAUGGGACCCUCUUCUUGUGUGUUUUGGCUUUCUUCCAUUUCAAGCUUAGCUGUGUGGUGGGUUUGAGGGCAAAACAGGCCAAAACAAAAUGUGGGGUCACAUCAAAAUUGUAGAUAAGCACGCAUGCUUUUGUGUUCUAAGGGUGUAUUUUCUAUCCCCUUUUGUCCUUUCUUUCUUUUUUUUUUUUCUUCAUGUUUUCUUCAUCAUUACGUGUUGCCUUCUGUAUUAUGAUCCUGUGCAUUAUCCUCAUUAUUAAGUUAUUUUUCACUCUUUUUCGUCA